AUGGGUCCAUAUCAACCUAAGUUAGAUGAGUAUCCAAGAACUAAGUUUGGAUCACAAACCCAGUAUUGUAGAUUUCAAUACUCGUGGUUUGAAAAGUUUCCUUGGUUAAAGUAUUCUUCAUCAAAGGAUUUAAUAUUUUGUUUUUCUUGUUUUCUUUUCCAAAAGAAAUCACCUAUUAAUCCUUCAUUCACUAUUGAUGGAUUUAAUAACUGGAAAAGGGUUAACGAUGGAGUUAAAUGUCCACUUUUAAUUCACGUGGGAGGUCCUACUUCCUCCCAUAGUAAUUCAGUGAAAUGUGUUGAAGAUUUGAUGAAAGUAAGUGGACAUAUUGACAACAUAUUGAAUGCCCAAAGUUUAGAUGAAGUUCAGAAAAAUCGAUUACGACUUAAGACGACAAUUGAGAGUAUUCGAUGGCUUAGUUUACAAGCUUGUGCAUUUAGAGUAUUAGAAAAAGCUCCAAGAAAUGCAACAUAUACUUCACCAACUAUUCAGAAAGAAAUUUUGCAUAUUUUUGCAAAUAAAGUAAGAAAAAAAAUUCGUGAAGAAAUUGGAGAUGCGAAGUUCUGUAUUUUAGUUGAUGAAGCUAAAGAUAUUUCAAAUAAAGAGCAGAUGUCAAUUAUUUUGAGAUUUGUUGAUUGUUUGGGUAUUUUACGAGAGCGUUUCUUUGAUAUUGUUAAUGUUCCAAAUACUACUGCUUCAACAUUAAAUAAGAGCAUAUCAGAUGUUCUUUCUCGACAUAAUUUGAAUGUCACCAAUAUGAGAGGGCAAGGGUACGACGGUGCUAGUAACAUGUCUAGUGCUUGGAAUGGACUUCAAGCUCUAUUUCUUCGAGAGUGUCCAUAUGCAUAUUAUAUACAUUGCUUUGCUCAUAGGUUGCAAUUAGCAUUAGUUGGAGCCUCUACAAAAGAGAUUUCUGUUUGGCUAUUUUUUUCAAAACUAUCUACCAUUAUUAAUCUUAUUGGUUGUUCCUCCAAAUGGCAUUCUGAGUUACAUUUUAUUCAAACUAUUGAAAUUGAUCGUAUGAUUACUUCGGAUGAACGGGAUACUAGUAAAGGAAUGAAUCAAAUUGUAUUGUGGAAGAAUGAUCGUCUAGUUCUUUACGUGGAGAAGCAUGUGGUUGUUUGA